UGAGCGUUCAGUCGUACUUGGGAAUGCUUGAUGGGGGACAUGUAACAAUUUUUAAGUUAGUCUCAUGAGUUUUUGUUCUUGUUCUUGUGCCCCUUUGGUGGUUGUUAAUAGGAAAUACUUGAUGGUGAUGUAACCAGGUGUGAUACUGACCCUUUUAAUGGCCAUGAGCAGGGUCCCUAAGCCUGCCAUCAUCUCUGGAUGGAACGAGAGGAAGAGCCGUGUGCUCCAGUUCUCCAGGACUCCGAGGAAAGGGAGAUCCUCUUUGGGGCCUCCACAGGAGACAGUGAGAGUGUGAAUGAGCAUGAGGAGAAGAACCCCCAGGAAGAUGGUCCUGAGAAUGUGGAACAGUGUGGGACAAUAUCAGAGGGGUUUGAAGAGAAUGUCUUCCAGAGCCCUGAUGAGGAGGAGGCCUAUGAGGGCCAGUACAUGUCAGAAACGCAGCAGGGAGACCUUCCUGGUAAGAUACUGGGUAACUCCAUUCAUCCAGAAAGGGAUUUGGAGACUCUCCAAGGUAUCAUCAUCCACCAGAGAAUUCCUAUAGGGGAGAGACCCUAUGUAUAUACUGAAUGUGGGGAGGGCUUCAGUCAGAGUUUGAACCUUACACAGCAUGAGAUAACACAAACGGGAGAGAAACCUCAUAAAUGUACUGAAUGUAACAAAAGUUUCAGUUGGCGCUCAGACCUAAUUAAACACCAGAGAACCCACACAGGUGAGAAACCCUACAUAUGUAGUGAAUGUGGGGAAAACUUUAGUGUGAGCUCUCACCUUUUCACUCACAAGAGAACCCACACAGGAGAGAGACCCUUCCUUUGUAACGAAUGUGGGAAAAGCUUCAGCCGGAACUCUCACCUUAUUAACCACCAAAGAAUCCACACUGGAGAGAAGCCCUUUGAAUGUGCUCAGUGUGGGAAGAGCUUCAGUGAUUUCUCAACACUUACCCAGCACCAGAGGACCCAUACGGGUGAAAAACCCUACGUAUGUGUUGAAUGCGGGAAAAGCUUCAUCCAGAGCUCACACCUCGUCAGGCACCGGAGAAUCCACACAGGAGAGAAACCCUAUAAAUGUGCUGAGUGUGGGAAAAGCUUUCGAUACAAGAGUCACCUUGCCCAACACCAUAAACUCCACAUGGAUUAGAAAGCACAGCCAUGAGAGCCCCUGUCCUGCUCACAGAAACUGAUGCAUAAAUUAUUAUAUGGUGUGAUGACAUUGAGAAGGAACUGCAAAGGGAGGGGGCACAUUCUUAGUGCAGGUAGAUUGUUCUAGGAUGGAUGGGGGCGCUGAGUGUUGGGAAUGAGUUUGAUGUUGAUAGGAAUAAAUCAUUUGCAGAUCGGGGGGAACAAGAUGAGAGAGGCAGCUGGGGGAGUUGAUCAUUUGGGAUUCAGAGGGCUGGGAGGUGGGAGGAAUUAGGUUGCGGAAGGAAUUUGGUGCUAAGGAACAUUGUUUGGAGUACAGCAAAAUAGCGGGGCAAGAGGGGAAAUAUAUAUUUCAUUGUCUUAUUAAGAAGUCAAAAAUGAUAAAUUAGGCUCCAAGACAGAUACCUGCCUCAUAAGAUGUCAGAGACAGUGUCCUGGGAAAUGCCUCACUUUCUGAACUGAGGAAGACAAAGUGCCCUUUGUUCUCUCUGGCAUUGUCUCCAGCAAUGGUUUCCUCAUUUUAGAUUAUAUUUAUUUGUAGCUGCUAUUUUAGGAGCUCAGUUAAAUCUGGGCAAAAAUGUCCCAGUUUUCUGGUACAUGUUAUAAUAUCUAAUUUUCUGUUGCGUUGUAUCUCCCCCUCUGAAAUAAAACUUUUUUUUUUAAAAAAAAUACCCUAUGUUCUCCCAUCUUCUCUCCUACUGUCCUGUUUCUAGGGUAGAAUGGCCCUAUAUAGCUUACAGUCAACUUCACUGAAAAGGAACAAAGCAGUCUUGUUAGGGCCUGUCUAGACUAGAAGAAUAAACUGGUGUUAGCAAACACCUUUGCUAAGCACACCUCAUCUUCCCGGUGUAGAUAGGGCCUUCAUGGUCACUGCUCAAAAAUCAUUUGUCUAGUACACACUAAGAGCCGUGUCCAUCCCUGGAGUUAGUUGAGUGAACCAGGGCUGAAUGUAUCUUUUAGCUGCUCUGGAGUUUUACUGUCAGGAACCUGAUACUUCACUUUACCUCUGGCUUUCCCUGGUCACAGCUCCAUACCAUAUUGUCCAAAGAUUAUGCUUGUUCACUCUAAUGUUGGGAGGAGAGCUUUGUCCCCUGCCUGCAGACUGUGCUUGUGCCAUUUGUAUGCAGCCAAGUUUCAAGUCAGUACCCUGCCUAUCAGUUUAUAGGGUAUUCAGCCACGAUAUUAUCAAACAAUAGCGCCUCCACAGGUGAGGUAAACUGCAAAAGGUUUGUUAAAAACUAAGGGCAGGUUUCUAAGGUCCCUAAAAAGAAUUGUAGGGAGGUAUGCAAAAUCAAAUGGUAUGAAAAACAGCCCUUAUUUGGGCACAAAUUCUUGAUAGGAAGGUGUUCAUGGAUACUCAAAGUUGCCACAGCAACCACAAGGGGGAAGCACUCAGCCUUGUUCCUCCCAGCCUU